UUUGCUUUUCUGUGUGCCCAGUGGCACCCACCAUUUCCGUCAUCUGCGCGCGGCCACCAAAGCGGAAAGGCUCAGCCUGUGCGUCACGAUUCAUUGGGCUUAUUUGCUCGCAUGGGGGGCGAAAAGACGGCAGACAUGAGCUGCUUCUUCUUUUCCUCUUUUCCCUUCUUUUCUGGUUCAUUUUGCUAGGUGCAUCAUGCACGUUGUUCUGGAUCCCGUUCAAGCGGGAUAUGCGGGAUCAAUAUUUCGAGCCCUGUUCCACUACUACACGACAUAUACGUACGCAUGUGUCCUACCCUCCCUGCCGCCCACAUUGCAAACCUCUGGGGAUACUGGUGUGCGCGUGCUACAGUGAUAAUGCCUGAUUGCAUCGUGAUCACAUCAGGGGGGAUCUAGGUGGCGUUCAUGCGAACGUCGCGCGAAGAGGAAUGGCGUUGCCUAUUGUUUUUUCCCUCUCCUCCCUUCGUUCCCUGUUUUUCUCGGGCACGAGGAAGGAUGGUGAGAAAGGAUACAGUGCAUGCUAUAGUAAUCUCGACUUUCGCGAUGAAUUACAGAUAGCACUACUACAGGUACAAGUCAAAUCAGGAGGAGACUCGAGGCAUACUUUGAAAGCCAUGCACAACGAUGAAAGUGAAAUCAACGUCAGUGAGAAGAUAUUGCUUGUCACGGUACGUGAUAUUUCCAAACCACCUUUUACUUUUUCCCCGCGAAAACCUUCAAUCCUUGGUUUCUGGAACGUUUGACUGCGCGAGGAUUUUCUUUCGGAAGUAUUUUUUACAGGUAUACAUGUCAUGCGCCCACAUAAGCCAUCCGUACCACGCCAAAUCGUUUUUUUUUUGCCAACCAAAGAUGGACCCUUUGAUCGAUACACCUGUACUCUGACGACCGCCAGACGCGGGCACCACCGAGCCAACCUUUGCAUCACGAUGGCGAUAGCGGAUGAGGAGGAUUACGAAGCAGCGAGUCAAUACGGGGCUGAAAACCCCGAAGACGAGCAGUGCAUGAAUAUAGAAAGACCAAAAGGGAAGCAUUCAAGUUACAAUCGUGCGAGG